UCAUUCGGCGCGGUGCAGAAGUUCGGCCUGCCUUCUUCUUCUUGUUCGUCUUUCUUGUUCUCUCUCUAUUUUUUUUCUCAUUCCGGUCGUUCUGGAUCUCACCACCUAUCUCUAUUUUAGCCCUUUCCUGACUUCGUCUUCUCUUCUAUAUCUAAAAAAUCUCAAAUUUCCUUACUACCCAUUUCUCUUUUAGAUCUCUAUACAGUUUUCUAUCUACUACCCAGAAGAUAAAAACCCAGAAAAAAGAGGAAAAACCAAAAAAGUUAAAAACAACAAUGGCGCAGAUUCAGCCUCAGUCUCAGCCUCAGCCUCAACAGCAGGCUAAUGUAUCUGUGUCAAACGGUGUUGCUACGCCGGCCACCGUUGCCGCCGGUGGAGGAGGAACCCAAUUUGGAACGACGUCUCUCUAUGUUGGUGAUUUGGACAUGAACGUUACGGAUUCUCAGUUGUAUGAUCUGUUUAACCAGGUGGGUCAGGUUGUUUCGGUUAGGGUUUGCAGGGAUUUGUCUACCCGAUUUUCUCUCGGAUAUGGUUACGUCAACUACAGCAGCGCUUCCGAUGCGGCAAAAGCAAUUGAACGACUUAACUUCACUCCACUUGGUGGAAAAUCUAUCAGAAUCAUGCAUUCCCAUCGUGAUCCUUCUGGACGCAAGAGUGGUACUGCUAAUAUAUUCAUAAAGAAUUUGGACAAGGCUAUUGACAACAAGUCAUUGCAUGAUACCUUUGCCCCCUUUGGAAAUAUCCUAUCUUGCAAGAUAGCCACUGAUUCUUCUGGAAACUCGAAGGGUUAUGGUUUUGUGCAGUUUGAAUCUGACGAAGCUGCCCAAAAAGCAAUUGAGCAGUUAAAUGGAAUGCUACUGGAUGACAAGCAAGUUUAUGUGGGAUAUUUUGUUCGUAAACAGGAAAGAGAAAUUGUUAUAAGCCAGACAAAAUUUAACAAUGUUUAUGUCAAGAAUCUUUCUGAUGUAACUACUGAUGAAGAUUUGAUGAAAACAUUUAGUGAGUAUGGAGCUAUCACUAGUGCAGUGGUGAUGAGAGAUGGGAAUGGUAAAUCAAAAUGUUUUGGAUUUGUUAACUUUGAGAAUCCUGACGAUGCUGCCAAGUCUGUUGAUGGAUUGAAUGGGAAAACAUUUGAAGAUAAGGAGUGGUAUGUUGGGAAAGCUCAGAAGAAAUCUGAAAGGGAGUCCGAGCUCAAGGCUAGAUUUGAGCAGACUGCCAAGGAAGUUGUUGAGAAAUUCCAAGCACUGAAUUUAUAUGUUAAGAAUUUGGAUGACAGCAUUGAUGAUGAGAAAUUGAAAGAUUUGUUUUCUGAGUUUGGCACAAUUACCUCUUGCAAGGUCAUGCAAGAACCUAGUGGGAUCAGCAGGGGUUCAGGCUUUGUUGCAUUCUCUACUGCUGAGGAAGCAUCUCGUGCUCUAGUAGAUAUGAAUGGGAAAAUGGUCGUAAGCAAACCACUCUAUGUGGCUGUUGCCCAAAGGAAAGAGGAUAGGCGAGCAAGGUUGCAGGCUCAGUUUUCUCAGAUGCGUCCUGUUACAAUGUCACCGUCUCUUGCUCCUAGAAUGCCAAUGUAUCCUCCUGGCACUCCAGGACUUGGGCAGCCCUUCAUAUAUGGGCAACCACCUCCUACCAUUAUCCCUUCACAGGGUGGUUUUGGAUAUCAACAACAACUGGUGCCUGGAAUGAGGCCUGGUGGUGCUCCAAUGCCAAACUUCAUUUUCCCAUUCGUCCAUCAAGGUCAGUAUAACCAGCCACGCCCUGGUGGCAGACGUGGAUCUGGCCCUAUGCAACAAGCACAGCAACCUGUUCCACUUAUGCAGCAGCAGAUGAUGCCAAGAGGAGGAGGAGGGCGACUUUACAGGUACCCUCCAGGUCGCAAUGUCUCAGAUGGUUCGGUUGGUGGUGGUAUGGUUCCUGUUCCUUAUGAGAUGGGUGGAAUGCUUCCCCCUCGUGAAGCCAUGAACCAGCCACAACAGAAACAGCCUAUUCCAAUUACUGCCUUGGCUAGUGCUCUUGCAAACUCAACUCCAGAACAACAGAGGCUGAUGCUGGGUGAAAAUCUGUACCCUCAAGUGGAGCAGCUAGAACAAGAGCAUGCUGCUAAAGUGACUGGAAUGCUGCUGGAGAUGGAUCAAACGGAGGUGUUACAUCUGCUUGAAUCACCAGAAGCAUUGAAAGCUAAAGUAGCUGAAGCUUUGGAUGUUCUGAGAAAUGUUCAGCAGCAGCAGCAGAUUGGCGGCGGUGGUGGCAGUGGUAGCCCUACUAUCCAGAUGGCAUCCUUGUCUCUCAACGAUGGUCUCGUCUCGGGUUAAAACUUUUUAUAUUUUUACUUUGGAAACGUGAGGGACGGCUUGAAUUUUGUUAGUUUCUUUUUUUGGAAGCAGAUUGUUACUUUUAUAUGGACUUCCUAGUCAGUUGCUUUAAGCAGCAGCAGUCAGUCCCUUCUUUUGAAGUGAACUAGUUAUUUUCUAUGUUUGUUUCUGCACCCAAAUUUUGGAUAAUUUUCUAGAUAUUUAUCCUUUUGACUUA